AUGAUGAAACGUACUGUCAAAGGCAGACUCUCUGCUAAAGGUAAAGGUAAAGAUAAAAAGAAAAAGAAAACACAUAAGCCACUGAUUAACAGAAGACAUAAAGGUAUCAUUCAAAUUAAUGUUCCUUAUUUUAAAUGGAAGUUGAGAAUAUUUUGGAAAUUCGUUCUAUUAUCUUUAUUUGGUUGGUUUAUUGUAAUUAAUCAUUUCGAACAUUAUUCUGUAAAGAAUACAUUACAAAAAUGUGAUUGGCAAAGAUGGGAAACUUGGUCAAAUGAUAAUAACGGUAAUCCCGUAGAUAGCCAUAAAGUGGCUUUAUUUGCUGAUCCUCAAAUUCUAGACAAUUAUUCUUAUCCAAAUAGACCAUGGAUUGUGAAUUAUAUAACUAAGGUUCUUGUUGAUCAUUAUCAUAUUAGAAAUUGGAAAUAUGUUCAAUAUCAUUUAAAUCCACAAACCAAUUUUUUCCUUGGUGAUUUAUUUGAUGGUGGUAGAAAUUGGGAUGAUGAAUAUUGGUUACAAGAAUAUAAAAGAUUUAAUCAAAUAUUUCCAAAGAAACCAAACACAAAGACAGUAAUGUCUUUACCAGGAAAUCAUGAUAUUGGUUUUGGUGAUACCGUUGUAGAAUCCAGUCUAAAGAGAUUCGCUACAUAUUUUGGUCCAACUUCAUCUUCAAUAGAUGUAGGUAACCAUACAUUUGUACUUGUAGAUACAAUAUCUUUAUCUGAUAGAACUAACCCUAAUGUAUCCUCCGUUCCACAAGAAUUUCUAGAUAAUUGGGUUAAAGAGCCUCAUCCAUAUCCAAGAAUUAUGUUAACCCAUGUUCCGUUACAUCGUGACCCUGCUGUUCAAACUUGUGGUCCCGAAAGAGAAUCAAAUAAGUUAUUCCCAAUGCAAAAGGGUCUUCAAUACCAAACUGUCAUCGAUAGUGACAUUUCACAAAUGGUUUUAUCAAAAGUGCAACCAGAUUUUGUUUUCUCUGGUGAUGAUCAUGAUUAUUGCCAUGUUAAACAUUCUUACAACACACCAAUCAAUACUAUUGGUCAAUCAGAAGAAAUUACCGUCAAGUCAUGUGCAAUGAAUAUGGGUAUAUCCAAACCUGCUAUUCAAUUGGUUUCAUUAUAUAACGAUGGAAGAAAUACGGGUAAACCAACAAUACAGACUCAAAUAUGUUAUCUUCCUGAUCCAUUUCAACCAAUUUGGGCGUAUAUUAUUACUGCUAUUAUCAAUUUUGUUGCCUUAAUAUGGUAUUUGAUUAAAUUUGAUAAAGUCAAAGGCUCAAGAUUACAUGGCUCAUACAAUGAUAAAGAUGAAUUACCAUUACCUGUAAGUGCAGAUGAUAAGAGUGAAAAAUCUAAGAACCGUAAGAAACAAUUAAAACUUUUAAUGAAUGAUGUCAAUGUCAAUUUGAACGUUAUUGUCAAUUUAUUAGGGUUCAUCUUUAUGUAUUAUUAUAAAUAUAUCUAA